GUUUCUACACACUUAACUGGAUAGGAUAUUAUUUCGAUAAGAUUGUGUGGAUCUUAAAUGCGACUGAUUACAAUUCCGGGCCUAGCUCUCUUUGUCAUUAACUUAAUUAUUCAUUGACGCUCGGAUACGACCGUCAAAGCGUCCCUCCGACAAUUUGGUUAUCGCAUUUUAAUAUAAAUCGUAGCUUUAACAUUCGGCAUUGCCUCAGGAUCUAGUUACGGGGGAUCGCUGUUUUGAAUAUAUUUCAUUUUACGCCUCUCGCAUUUUAUGUUAGUUUUGAGCUAUUGAACAUGUUAAUAGGUUCGGCUUUCUGAUGCGUCCGCCGUGCAACUAAUCGUCAUUAAUAUAAGCGGCUUUGUAUAGACACGUACACAAAGAAAGGGUCCUUUAAGCAACGGAAAUGUAUCUCAUUAUGACUAUUAAUAUAUAAAACACUAUUUACAGGACAUGUACAGUACUAUUUACACAAACAUUAAAAUAAAUAUUUAGUCAGUUAUAAUUAUUAUUUCGCUCCGGGCGCUGAGACACGGUAGCGAGCGUUAAACUAAACACUGGUGUUUUAAUCAUUAUUGACGGGAAGGCAGCUAAAGCGACGGACAAUAUACUUUAUGGAAUGCUUGGAUAACGAAGCCGAGCGGCGGCUAUCGUAGUUCGAAUGUAAAUAUCCUGCUAUCAGGCGAGCUCCGUUAUCGCAAAGACGAGAAGCGGACGUCCUUUGUUUGCCAGUGUAUAGAUACUAGGCUUUUACGGCAGUGUGAAAUCGAAUCCGCGUGACAUUCAAUAAUCGGAUUUUAUCAAGUAUAGACGUGGGUACGGAAAUGGCGAAACGACGAAAUAAGAACAAAGCUAGGCGCGCAUUGGUCGGGUUAAACAGAAAUGUAAGUUUGAAUGCAGUUGAUAAAGCUAGCGAUGUGAAAAUGGAUGGAAAAAGUGAUAAUAUUUAUGGGGAUGAUGAGGAUACCAUAGAUGACCCGCCCGUGACAGUGCAAGUUACGGAAAACGUUCAACUGGACGAAGGCGCUACGGAAAACGUGAUGGAGAGUGCUGCAGCUACGGAAACACCAAAGAAAGAUGAAAAACAGAUAAAGUCACCGAAAUAUGGCAAGAAGAAGUCACCUAAAUUGUCAAAGUGUGAAAGUGACGGAAAUUGUUCAGAUGAAAUUUUAAUUUUUCCAACGGAAAUAGAUGGCGAAACUUGCUUAGACAUACAGUGUGGUGCAAACGAAGCCUUCAUGUACUUGGGUAAAUUGUGUGUAGGUAGCAAGGGUUCUUGUGUAAAGUUUAAUGACAAUUGGUUGACUCCAAAUGAAUUUCAAGCCGUGAGCGGGCGGGAGACCGCCAAGGACUGGAAACGUUCUAUUCGUCACAGAAGCAAGAGUUUGAAGCUUUUGAUAAAUAAAGGACUAGUUGUUGUGCACCCUUCAUCCCCGAAAAAGGCAAAAGCUGCUAUCAUUGCCUCGCCCACCAGAGCCGUCACAGAGGCCACUAUUAAAAAGGAAAAGAAAUGCAAAUAUGUGAAACCCACGAGUGAGUCACAUGGCGAGAGCCUGAAGGCGGAGGUCGGCGACACCGGAAAUGCCGCGGUCGGGGAGCCAACCCCGCCGGCGAUCCCGGCGCUCUCGACACAAAGCCACGAUGUUCAGCAGCCCAAGAAGCGAGGCCGGAAACCAAAGCGGCAAAGGGGGCGUCGACCGGGAGAGGCGGGCGACAAAGCACGCAAAGCACAGGACGCCCUUCACGUGACUUCCUUCUCACUCGGGCGCUUGCAGGACAAGCCGGAAAAGGAUGCAGACGAUGGGUCGGAAGGGAAAGAUAAUAGGCCGGAAGUGGAUGCGCCGUCUUCUCCCGCAGACACACGGACGGACGAAGAGAGGCGCCUUGACGAGUUUGUAAAGACCCUGCGGCUUACAAAAACAACAGCGCUCACUAAAGUUCCCGACGUCCCGAAAUUGGACAGCGCAGAUGUUUCAAAUAUCACCAAACGGGAUGUCAGCAGCGACCACGGCGAUGUCGACCCGGAGAUGCCGGUGCUGCAGAAGGAAGGGCUCGCUGGUGACAGCUUCGUCAAGACUCACCCGGAUAUCAGUGUGUCCGUAGAUGCCCUGAACGCAACCGUUACCCCGCCGCCGACGCCGCCAAGCGAACGUGUCGGCAUUGAACAAAACAUAAAUGCGAUCGAUGGUGGCAAAUUGGUUGAGACAUUCAAAUCGACUCUAGCAUCCCCAAGUGUCGGGUUAAAAUUGAAAAUUAACCGAGAAAAGGUUAAGCUCGAUAUGCCGAUUACGGACAAUGAAGUUAAACCCGCUGACAAAGAACAAAGUAAACUCGAUAGUGCUGUAACUCAGAACGUAGAAAUUAAAACACCAGUAAGUGCUCCAAAACAGAACUUGCAAUCAAUGAUGCUACAAGAUGCACUGCUUUCUGCAAGGAAAUAUAAAGAACAGCUCUUGCAAAACCGCCAGACGUCGCCUGUAAAAACACCAAACACGGCGUCACCAAAACCAUUAACGACAUAUCCAGAUUCUCUGAAAUCCAAACCUGUCACCAUGCCAACGCCAUCUUCAACGUCCGUCAAGCUUGAACCCACGACUGAGUCACAGAAUGGACUAAAUAGCGCAACCGUUAUCAACGGCCGUGUUGCCGGCGUUAAACAGGAAAGGGCGGCAAAGAUGGAGCCGUCUGUCGCAUUUCCGUCCUUGCAGUACGGCCAGAUGCCGUCCAUGGACGAUAUGCGGAGGCUUUCGGCGAUGCCCUUCAAGGAUUUUAUGUCCGUCAUGGCUUCGGUUUAUGGUCCGCUUCCGUUUCCGUUUGGUAACAAGGACGCUGCGUUCGCCACCUUAAAGGACCUGCAGCAGAAGCACGACAUGCUCCGUCUGCUUACCCAGCAGGGUGAAGGUCAGGAGGCCGGGGAGCAGGCGGCGCUUCUCUACCCUAUGAUCACCCAGCAGCUUCUCCUCGCCAUGACUCAGCAACUCUACAGCAUGUGCAACGUCCCCGCUAUGCACGUUAACAGCUACGCUGGAAAUCCGCCAUCACAUACGUCACAUAUACAGCAACGUGAACAAUCGCAUGCAAGGAUCGUGAGUAACGUCCAAGCGCACUCGCGCCCCGUUGUUGACGUCAAACGUGAAUUAACAAACAGAAAUCCAACGUCAGAAAUCCAUAAGCGACCUGUAAGCCAGGCGUUAGACGAUAGACAUAGAAUGUUUCAGUAUAUUGAAGAUUGUGCUAAUAGAAAAAGAAAACAUAUCGAGGUUGACGAAAAUGGUGCAUUAGAUUUGUCAGUAAAAAGGCGAAAAACCGAAACGGUUUCUACAAAAUCAUCAAGUAUUCUAGAAGCGGACGGACCACUGGACUUCUCAAUGAAGACCAAACAUUCCAAGCGAAGUGACCCAUCCAUGCAUGAUUCUUCACUGAAAUCCGUUUCUCAAGCUAACGGAUAUAAAAAUAACAUUCAUCCCAUGAAAAAUGGCUACGCACAAAGGCCGCCCUCGAUUCCAAACCAUACCAAUUACGGUAAUCGAUUUCCGAAAUCAAGUUUAAGCGGAUGUACAUGCGGCGGGUCCGGAAAUGAAGACAUCACAACUUGGGGCGUUGAUCAAGUAUGUCACUUCUUGGUAGCGCUAGAGGGAUGCGCCAUCUAUGCAAAGACGUUCCACGAUCAGGGGAUCAGCGGGCGUGUCCUGCCGUACCUAACCACCCAGCAUCUUACACGCACCCUUGGGAUGAAAGUCGGCCCCGCCCUCACCCUAAUUCAGGCCAUAGAACGCCACCGAGCAGAGCGGCACGUGACAUCUACGUCAGCGGUGACGUCACCGUGCGCGAUGUGUCGUAGUCUUAUGUUCUCGUCCGGUGCCGGUGCUGCGUCACUGCCUACAUAAUACAGGCCAAACUGUGAAGUCGUGUCAUGUACACUUUAGUUUAUUAACAAUAUACAAAAUAUCGAAGUAUGAGUGUGCGGUAAUAUAGAGCUUGAAUGGGUACUUGUAUUCUUCUGUUGAAAUAAGGAAGUGGGAAGUUUUGUUUCGAUGACGUUAUAAGGAAACUAGACGCCGCUCUUGAAAUCGCUCUUCAUACUACGAAAGUAUCCAAAUCUGGUGCAAACAUAAUUAAACUGCCUGUUGUAUGGAUUCCAUUUAGCAUUGUGCUGUGUUAUGUAUAUUAUGUAAACGAUUGGACAAAAGUAUAUAUUCAUAAUGAAUAUAAUAUAGUGGUAGUUAACCAUCUUACCAGUUACCAGUCCGUCGAGUUAAUGUCUUCGGCAGAGUGCUGAUCAAUAUACGACCUAUAGACAAGUGUUUGUCAUGUUGUUUUUCUCAUACAUUCUAUUGUAAUAUAUUUUAUGAUUGUGCCACACGUAUGUUCAUUUUAUGCUAAUAAAUAUUUUAAAAGCGCA